CCGUCACAAUCAGAGAAAACUAGAGUAGUAUGUAUCAAUUUAGAGAACGAAGUGUUUUUUUAUUUAUAUAGGAAACAAUUUUAGAAAUGAAUUAGAGCGUUUGUUAUUCACACUCAUUGUUAGUGAUUGAGAUAUUCCAGGGAAUAGUUUGUUUGGAUAUGUUGUAAAAGCGUUAAGAUCUCCAUUUACGAAAUGGCAAAUUCUGUAAACAUAUCAAUUGAAGCUCCGAUAGAAAACCAAAUACAAGAAAUAACUUACGAUGGACAAGAAAUAUAUCAAGCGCCACUGUCCAUGUCAGAAAAUUUAGCUCGUCUUGCACAGAAAAUAGAUUUUGCAAAAUCUGAUGAUGAGUUCUGUAACAUCAAAAAAGAAGGAGAAAGUAGUUCUGAAGUGAAGUCUGAAGAAGACAAAGAACCAGGAUAUCAAUCAAGUCUCUGGCCGUGGGAUUCAGUCAGAAAUAAACUCAGAAAUGCUUUAACUGAAGUAUGUGUGCUUGCUGAUGUGUUAAGCAUAGCCAAAGAGAAAAGAUACAUGGUCCUGGACCCAAUACAACCAGAUUCAAUAGAAAGCCGACCAAUGGUUCAAGUUUAUGGUCGUAAAAAGGCUUUAUCAGCAGCAGGGGCUGUUCUCCUGAAUGGUGUUGAAAGACUGAGAGCAAGUGAGACCAUGCGAAUGACACGAAACAUGCCAGACUUCCACAUUGAUUUACUCCGACUGAGACAAAACUGGAGGCUCAAAAAAGUGUCAAAUACAAUUGUAGGAGACCUUAGUUACCGAACUGCGGGUUCCAAGUAUAGUCAGACAGGAGUUUUUGAGGUAACAAAGGCUCCUGAGGAACAAAUUGCACAAGCCAUGAGUAUGAACGCAGCUGGACCCACUCCCUCAGCUCUGCGUGUUACUGUACCGCCUGAACUGCAAGGAGUCGCUUUCAUAUCAGUGGUCUGUCAGAAAGAACAGGAAGAGGUCGUAACGGCGACGCUGAGCUCGUCGGCGCUGAACUGCCCCGGCACGCUGCCGGGCGACGGGGCGGAGCUGCACUGGCAGCAGAAACUGGAAGCCGCGCAGAACGUGCUCUUUUGUAAAGAGUUGUUCGCGAGGAUGGCCGCAGAAGCAGUGCAGCUCGACGCUUCGAUACCACACAUGGUUGUCGGGAAUCAAAUAAUGGCUACAGUUCUGCCAGGCAUCCAACUAUUAAUAGGACUCUGUCACAACAAUGGACAAAAUAAUAACAAUUCUGAAGCAGUUAAGACGAAAGUCGUAACUAGUGUGUCUCGAUGUGCUCCGUCGCCGCAGCCCGAGGAGCGCGCCAACAAGAACGAGCACGACCACGUGCUGGAGCACUCGCUGCACCAGCUGCUGCGCGCCGUGCACCACGCGCACACGCACCACCCCUUCCCGCACCCCGCCACCGGCCCGCUCGGGCCCUCCAAGCGCCGCUCGCUCGCCGGCCCGAUGGCAGCAGACCGCUACGAACUGUUGGAUAUGAGCAAAGAACAAUCUCUUCUAGAGCAGAUCAUACAACAAGCGCAGCACUUUUUUAUGCGCAGGCGCAGUGAAUAUGUACUCGACACUAUCGCUAAAGAGGUAAAAGACCCUCUAAUAGUUUCACACUGGAACGCAUUGAACAGUCCUACGCAGUCCUGUGUGAAGAUUAAUAUUAUGGCUUAUGGAUACGACGCCGUCUGCAGAACGUCAUUAGUUGUUCACGUCGGGGAAAAGACACUGAAGUGCAUAUGUCGCGACGGAAAAGUGAGACAUUUGUCUUACGAACUCCAGGAGCUACGAGACCUCAUCUAUUGUCAAAUAUACCAGCAUCAAAUGACUGCAGUGCAGGCAGUCGGCCGCUGUAUGGGCUGGCAGCUGCUCGCCAGCAGUUCACAUCUGGGCUCCGGCCCUGUCGAACCGCUCGGGAAUGCUUCUUCUUGCCUUCUCGCGUCUCCCAAUGGUGAUAGGAUGAUAGCAAUAAGGUGCGAACCGUCUGUUGGAAUCCAAGUGUUCAUAGCUCAGUCUCCUAGAAAGGACUUCUUUGUUAGUGAAUUAGUUCAGGACAAAAAAUGGGAAAAUCUCGGUGGUGCAUUUAAGGAAGUAAAGUUAGAGAAAAUGGAGGGCAAAAACUUUUUAAACAAAAUGGAACUGCUAAUGGCAUGUUUAAGUAGCCCCUCAUAAUUAAUAAUAUUUCUAGGAAUAAUUAUUAUUUG